GAGCCUGCGGGGCGGCGCGGCGCCGGCAGGGGCACCUGCGGCGGCGGCGGUGGGCGCGGGAGGCGGCGCCGGGCGGCUGGGGCGUCCGCAGCGCUGAGAGGGCAGGCUCGGCCCCGCCGCCGCCGCCUCACAGGCCUCCGCCGCCGUUCGGCCCCCCCCCUUCCCUCUCCCCCUUCCCUCUCCCCCUUCCCUUCCCCCGCGGCGCCUCGCAGCGCCCGUUCCGCACCGAGAGAGGCGCCCGGCGUCAGCGGACCUCCAUGUACGACAAUUUGUACCUGCAUGGAUUUGAAGACUCGGAGGCGGGCUCAGCAGAUUCGUACACAAGCAGACCUUCAGACUCUGAUGUCUCUUUGGAAGAAGAUAGGGAAGCAAUCCGCCAAGAAAGAGAACAACAAGCUGCUAUACAACUUGAAAGGGCGAAGUCCAAACCAGUAGCAUUUGCUGUUAAGACUAAUGUGAGUUACUGUGGCGCUCUGGAUGAAGAUGUUCCUGUCCCAAGCACUGCCAUCUCUUUUGAUGCCAAGGACUUCCUACACAUUAAAGAGAAAUAUAAUAAUGACUGGUGGAUAGGAAGGCUGGUUAAGGAGGGCUGCGAGAUUGGCUUUAUUCCAAGCCCGCUUAGACUGGAGAAUAUCCGCAUUCAACAGGAGCAGAAGAGAGGACGUUUCCAUGGAGGGAAAUCGAGUGGAAAUUCUUCUUCAAGUCUUGGAGAAAUGGUUUCUGGCACAUUUCGAGCCACACCUACUUCCACGGCAAAACAGAAACAAAAAGUGACAGAACAUGUUCCCCCAUAUGAUGUAGUACCAUCAAUGAGACCUGUUGUCUUAGUGGGUCCAUCACUGAAAGGCUAUGAGGUGACAGACAUGAUGCAGAAAGCUCUCUUUGACUUCCUGAAGCACAGGUUUGAUGGGAGGAUAUCAAUAACUAGAGUGACAGCUGACAUUUCUCUUGCUAAGAGGUCUGUUCUAAAUAAUCCAAGCAAGAGGGCAAUAAUUGAGCGGUCAAAUACAAGAUCCAGUUUAGCUGAAGUACAGAGUGAAAUUGAAAGAAUCUUUGAGCUGGCAAGGUCCUUACAACUGGUUGUCCUAGAUGCAGACACUAUCAAUCACCCUGCACAACUUAUCAAGACAUCUUUAGCACCAAUUAUUGUCCAUGUUAAAGUGUCUUCUCCAAAGGUUUUGCAGCGACUGAUUAAAUCUAGAGGAAAGUCACAAAGUAAACACUUGAAUGUUCAGUUGGUGGCAGCUGAUAAACUUGCACAAUGCCCACCAGAAAUGUUUGAUGUAAUUUUGGAUGAAAAUCAGCUUGAAGAUGCUUGCGAACACUUGGCAGAAUAUCUUGAGGCGUACUGGCGUGCUACUCACACCACCAGUAGCACACCCAUGACUCCUCUCCUUGGACGAAAUUUAGGAUCCACUGCACUUUCACCAUAUCCUGCUGCAAUCUCUGGAUUACAGAGCCAGCGUAUGAGGCACAGCAGCCAUUCUACAGAGAACUCUCCAAUUGAGCGACGAAGUCUAAUGACCUCAGAUGAAAAUUAUCACAAUGAAAGGGCUCGGAAGAGCAGGAACCGCUUGUCUUCCAGUUCCCAACACAGCCGAGAUCACUAUCCUCUAGUGGAAGAAGAAUACUCUGACUCAUACCAGGACACUUACAAACCCCAUAGGAACCGAGGAUCCCCUGGAGGAUAUAGCCAUGAUUCACGACACAGGCUUUGAGUUCAAGAACCUGGGGAAAAACAGUAUUCAUCAGUUGAUAACUUGCCAUAACGUAGCUAGGAAAAAAAAAUCAUCUUAAUUUGGCAGGUGUAACGCGGUUAUACUGAAGUUGCACUCUGCUGUCAUUUGAUGUUAAGUAGGGGGCAAAAAAAAGUUACCAUGCCCUUAUGUUUAUGCCCGAUCAUAUAGAUUGUUUUUUGGGUUUUUUUUUUAGUACAGCAUUUGCAUUUAUAGCCAUACUUUUUCUUGUCAUUAGAUAUUAGACACAUCCGUUUGUAAUUUAGGGUACUUAUCAAGGCACUUAUAACAUAAUUUCCUGUGCUGGAAAUUCCAAGUGACCAGUUCCAGUUGGAACCAAUUUAUAAACCAAUUCCUGUUGGAAUUUGGGUGAAUUGACUGGAAAGUCGACUUGAGCAUGUUGCAAUCAAUUGAAAAAAAAUAUAAAUGAAAAAUCUGAAAAUUACAAACCACUAGAAGCCAGAAAGUCAGCUACAGUAUUUGUUUGCUGGAAGCUCAAUUUACAUUUGAAGUUAGAAUAAAAGGAUUUAUUCUAACUACUUAUUUCCAGAAUGGCUUAUUCAGACAAACCAAAUGUAAACUAUUGAGAGUGCCAAAUAUCACAAAUUAUUGCAGCAGUUACAAAAUACUUUCCAGUUUGAAAUUAUUUUUAGACCUGGCAUGAAUGUUGCAGCAAAAUGAUUUCUUUAGUUUAGCCAGUACUGACAUUUUUGUUGCGGUCAGCAAUGAUGAACUGUGACAGGACAAGGGGAAAUAGAAACGGGAAAAUGAACAAACUUAAGAAUAGUUUGUGUGGUUAGAGGUUGAGAAUAGUCUUUUUUUUUUUCUCUUGUUUACCUGAAUACAGCUAGUAUUCCCAAAAUGGAACAUUAGUGUAUAGAUACAUAAUAUUUUUUCUCCCAUUUUUAGUAUUCUGCCUUUUUAAAUGGAAAACAAUACACUCUUCUUACCCAGUGUGUAGAGUACCUACAUUCCAGUACAUCUGAGUACCUACUUAUACGUUACAUCUUUCAAAAUCCAUCUUUGAAUGUCUGAAAAUUCCAGCAUCGCACAAGAACUCUCCAGAAGAUCAGUUCAAAUUUCAGUAUUGAAAUCUGAGGGAAGGGAGUGGGGUUAAAUAUUUGUAAAAGAUAAACACUUAAAAUAACAUAUUGGUCAGAAUUAGCUUGCAAUAAAAAUGGAGUAUGAGAAAAAAAUCUGCUCACAGUAAAGUCGUAGAGCUGACGUUUUUGAUUCAAAGAACUAUGAUAAAUCUUUGGAGGUAUUACUGCCUUACUUCCUAACAAUCACUUCUUUUCACCUAUUGAGUCAUCAGUUUCUUCAAAUAGAAAAAUUUAUGUUUUUGGACCUUAUGUCUUACAUGAUCAGUGAAGCCUUAGAUCCAAUGUGACUGAAAAAUUUACCAUAAUUGACCGUUUUGUACAACCCACUAAUGUCUUUAAGCAGAGACUCCUGAAAUUCCCCACUGCAUGCAUUUUCUAAAAUUGACAGAACUAUGCUGAACAUGCAUUUUUUUAUGCAGGUUCACAUCAUCGUUAUUUUUUUCAAAUAUGAGGAUCAUUAACUUUUAUAUUUGCUUAUUUUCUUCCCAAAGCCUGCUAAAAGUAGGCUUUAAAAGCAUGUAGCACUAAAUGAAUUUCCUGAAUAUUACGGUUUCUUCUACUUUCUGGACUAGUUAGCAAAGAUCACUGGUAUUUUUCACCACCGCUGAGUCUGGUUAUCUUCUUGAUGUUAACAAUGGGAGAAGUAAUUCAUUUCGUAUCUGGUACAACCAAAAAUGAUGUACAUCUCUAGCAGCAUUAAAAGAUUGUGGAUGCAUGAUUAAUUUUUUAAACAACUUCACUGCCUGAAAGGCAGCCUUCAACACCACUAGAUGAUUCGAAUGGGCCAGUUACCGAGAAAAAAAAUGAAAAUAUCUGCAUCCAUUGGAGUAACAGAGUUAAGAAUGGAUAUGACAGACCUGAUCCUGUUUGAUUUUCUCAGGCUGAAUGCCUGCAGAUUCCAAACGAGCAUUUAGGCUGAGAAGGCAUGGCAAGAUCUGGUCUGGGAAUGGUAGCUUCAGCUGCCUUCUCUAAUAUUGUCUGCUAUAGCACAGUGGAGCAUUCUCCAGUAAUUUUUACAAGUCUUUGUUACAUGUACAGCACACGUACCUGCAUGAGAAAGAAGGCAUUAGGCAAAACAUUUUUUCUAUAAGCUUUAAUAAGUUUCUUGUUUGUGUGCAUUAAAGUAUUAAUUGCAAAGGAUGCACUGAGAUGUAUAAACCUAGAUUAGACAGCUGUUUAUCUUUAUUCUGUAGUAGCAUUAGGGAUCAGAUCAUUUAACUGCUUGAAGAUAUUUGCAUUUUAAUGGCAGGUAGCUGCGAAGCACCUACAUAUAUUUUCUAGUAAACAAGGUUACUGCUUUAUCAUUUCCUAGACAAAAAUGUCAUUUAGAGCCUUUUGGAGCCUUGUUUUUAAGUCUUCCAUGUCAUGCUAGUAAAGGGAAAGAUCUACACAACACAUAUGCACAAAUUCCAUCACCUGCAGCAUCUGAAGUGCCAAAACUACUUUUCUUUGUUCUAAUAAAAACAAGCUUGAGAGGGAAGUCAUGUAUUGUCUUGAAAGACCACAUUGAGUUCCUUUAUUGUGUGGGUUUAAGUUUACUUUACUCUUGUAUGUAAUUAGUUUACUCUCUCCUCUCCCACUGCCCAUUCCAUUUUAAUAUAAGAAACCAGUUAUAAGUGAUCCAGCAGGUUUCCUUGCUUGCUGUUUUUUUAAUUCUUUGAAGAUAGAUAUAUCUUUAAGUACAAAUAUACUGAACAUGCUAAUAGAUUAUUACUUUAUUCUAGAUACAAGCUAUGGGAACUCUUUUAUUUUAAAAAGUAAAUUAUUUUUAGGAAACAUGGUAAUCAGUAAAAGCUGCAAUGUUGAUGAGGACAUGCUAACUCAUAGUAUUUGCAUUAGAACUUCAGCAAUGCUAGCCAGCUGUGUUGUGAUUUAUUAUGCAAUGGCGCUAUAUAAAAUUGUGAAGUUCAUGUAUUCCUGAAUGAAUACGAGUAAGACUAAUUUUGCAGUCCUCGUACCAUUUCUUCUUGUUAUUAAAAUAUUAUUAAAGAUCGGAGUUCUGUUCCUAAGCUCUGGCUUAUACAGAGGAUUUUAGAAAUGUUUAUAAAAACCCAAUUUUUUUAAGGUUUUUUUUGUUGUUGCUGUUAUCUGAGUUUUUCAUUAGGACACUUUUGGAUUAAUGACCAUUUAACCAAUAAAGGUGGUAACAACAAUCUUAAUAUCUAAAGACAAUAUAUUUCAGUGCAUUCAUAUGUUCAUGAAUGAAUGAACAAAGUACUUUAACAAUCCUGAAGCCACUUUAAAGACAAUUAAUUGUUAAACUUUUAAUUUAAAAUACUUUGACAAGUUGUAUUUAGCAGAUGUACAGGUUCUUUUACUAGUUCCAUAGAUGAAGAUUUAUCCCAUGGGAUGUGCAACUUGCAACUGAUGAUGUUUUCUAACUCGAGUAUAUUAUGCAGUUAACGUUUAAAGGAAUGCAACUAAAGCUGUUGUAUAACAGUUUCUAGUUUAUAAACAAUGGGCCAAAUUAGAUGAUCAUUUUCUAAACAGGUCAGUCUGGCAAAAGUCGGUUCCUCUGCUUGAGAACUGAUAGUGCAGUAUGGCCCCACACCUAGAUUUUAUCCUGAAAAAAUCAUCUUGCCAUGGAAAUCAGGUGGUGCCCCUGAUUUUGUACUUGAUCAGCAAGAGCAGUUUCUGAAGCAAGUGCUCUUACCUCUUGCUAAUCACACUACUUCUCAGCUACUGGGCACUCAGCCUGCUUCUAAUACCAUGUCUUUUUGACUUAACUCUGAUGGACCCAGAUAAAUUAAGUGUGCUUGGGAUUGGAGGUGGCUCUGUGACUUGGCAGACACAUUUGCAGUGAUCGUCCUCACAGUGUUAGUGUUGGGUUUGCUGCAAACAGAAAAACGUUUUACUGUGUUUUCUCCAGGUUUGAAAGCUGCUUCUGAAGUUGGUAUUUGGGGGUUUAAUCUUUUGUGCUCCUUGCUUUUAAAAUAAUGUUUAAUACGUACUUAAGAGAGUGAAAAUUACAAAAAGGAGGAAAGGUAGCCGUAGGAAUAACAAGAUGACGGUGGUUCCUCUGGAUGUGCGUAGGCCCAUAGCUUCAAUUUCAGUUUGACUGCAAAUCUUCUGAAUUCAGUUUGGUCUCAAUACCGUAGACUUCUCUGAAAUGCCCCAGAAUCUCAUAUCUUUACUGACAUUACCAUUCUCAGAAUAAUAUUGCUAAUACUAUUACUUUAUAGCAUACUGAUUUGAGUAAGUUAGGGCUUUCAUUAGUCACUUUUUCUUUAGGAGUGUAUUAAACGUGUCCUCUGCUAUAUUUUGUUUUACAAAUUAAGUGCUUCUGAAGCCUGUCCUUGAUUCCAUGGUCUUAAUUUAUUUUUAAAGCAAAAAUAAUUGGAGGCCACAGAUGAAAAAAAUCAGAUGCAUUUUUGUAAGAUACCAUUUAUACAAAUCUGUUUUUGCUCCUAAAAAUGUGUAUUUUAAAAUCGGGUUAUAUUACCCCAGUUGGUAUUAAUACAGGUUUGGAUACAGGGGGUUCUACUACCAUGCGUUUUGAUGCAGUUACCCCUCAUUCCCUCAACUAGUGGUUCUACAAAGAGUAACAAGACUGCAAGAUACUGUAAUGUAGCCAGUUUUAACUCUGGGGAAAUUAAGUUCCCACUAUCUUUAAAAUCAUGCCAAAAGAGAGUAUAUUAUUUGAAGAGUCGUCAUUUGAAAUAACCUUUGUUAGAUUGUUAUUCAAGUCUGAUUUAUUUUAUAUAGAAAAAUAAAGGUAUGUCUUUAAAAAUAAAGAUACAUUUUAAUAAUGUUGUAAAAUAUAUGUAGGGAAUUAACUUGGAGAAAGAGCUGAAAAUGCUAGUUAGUAUUGAAAUUUGUGUUAAGAUCUCUCUCAUUAUUUGUGGAAUCCAUUUAAGAAGUCAAGAGAAAUACUGUAAUUGAAUCCAUAUAGAGAAUGUUGGGAGAAGGUAGAAAUCAUUUUAAAAUGUUAAUAAGGGUGUGUCAGUCCUUUAUUCCUUUGAAAGCGGUGAAACUGGGAGUAGCAUUGGCUUGGUCUCGGUGAUGUUUAGUAGACUUGCCUUUUCCCCUCAACUUCCUUGGCAGUGAGUUACUUUCUGGACUAGAUCCUACAGACACCUACUACUGGACACAGUGUUUAUUACUGUCUUCUCCGAAAGUCAGUAUUUGCAAGGUCUGACCAUAAAUGUCACAUACUGAUUAUCAUAUGCCUUAUCAAUAUUUCCUGAAAAACAAAGUGUAAUUAAAUUUAAUGCCACAGUCCCCUUUGAUAUUACUUCUACUCUGUAUAAGCAGUAGAAAAUCAAUACAGUGAGAAAAUAUAUUGUACAGUACAGAAUAAUAUAUUUUGCCAAUGAUGUAAAAACAGAGCAAGGGAAAAGAAGCACAUUUGUAAUAGCACAAAUUUACAAUAAUUCCACUAUUGCAUUUGGCAUUGUAUUUUUGAAAAAAAGGGGUAGAUUUUUGAUCCAGCGUCAGUGGAUUUAUUGCAUUUUUGAUCAGCUUAACUUGCUGUCUGAUACUUCAGCAGUUUAUUUCUAAGCCUUGCAUUUUGCAUAUGUGAUUGAUUUUUCAAUAACUUGUAUUCCUUCCAUAUUAAUUAAUGACAAAAAAACCCAACCUUUUAAAAUCAGAAAGUCCCCUGCAUUCAUUUCUGCUAAUUUCCUCCUCAAAGCUGAAAUUAUAUUAAUAACUUCUGAUUUUGGCCAAUGUAUAGAUUUUGGCAUAUGACUGAUGAAUAUACCAUGAAUACACUACUAGCCCAAGGUCGGGAAUGAAACACUCCCAGUAAAUAAGUUCUCGGGGCUACAGAGCUACUUGCUUUUGUGUAUGGGGAUGGGGAGGUGGGGGAGAGAAGGAUGUUAUACCCUCAGAGCUGUGGACAAGUCCACCCAAAACUUCCACUGAUAUUGCUGAGAAUAAAAUGUAAAGGAAAGUAAGCUUAAGGAAUGCAUGCUUAGGCCCAAGGUGUAUUUACAUUUGAAACACGCCCGAUUCUCUUCUCCUGCAGGGAGAGAGAAAGUCAGUGACGUUGUACAAGAACAGCAUAGGAAGAGAAUCAAGCAAAAUGCAAAUUGUAUGUAUGCCUGCAGAAACAGAGGGGUGAAGAAAGAAGAUGAAAACAGCUAUUCAAACUGCAAACUACGGACCUUGGGCUUCUCAGAUACCAGAAGAUCUCUGUUUCUCACCCAAACUGGUUCCCAGUGAGAGCAUGGCAGUGCUACCUCCAGCCUCACUGGGAGCCAGUUCAGAGUCACACUGGUAAAGACAUUACUGCCUUUACUAAUUAAAAAAAAAAAAAACAAAACAACCCCGAAACCACAAAUUCGUGUUUUCUGCUGAUUUGCCCCUUUCUGUUUUUACUUCUGUAGUUACUGUAUGUGUAGCAUUCUACAAGGCAUGCUGGGUAAAAUAUACUAUGCAAAUGUGUACAGUGUUGCAUGCUUUGCUCUCCCUCUGCUUUUAGUGGCUUUCAAAGAAAGAAAAAAAAAAGUGUUGUUAUUUUUGUGAUCAGAAUCAUUUAAAAAAGAAAAUGCAGACUGCAUGCUGAUAGUAUCCUCAUUUCUAUGGAUUUGUUUUAUGGAAUUUAGGUGUACAAAAAUGAACUGCAUUACAAUAACUUUUCUACAAUAAAUGAAAAAACUAUAAACCAUUUAAAA